CAAGAACAAGCAUCUGAGUGCAAGCACUCUGGAAGUUACAUUUCAUAUAACCUCAAACAUUUAUCAGAAAUAAUACCACGUGUUUCCUCGCGAUUUAUUCCCGAAUAGUUUUUUUUACAUACUGAUUUUUAAGUGCAUUUAAUCACAGAUUGUACAAAAUGGUGGUUGGUUCGGACGAAUCGAAAGUAGGUAUUGACGAGGAGCAGCAUUAUGAAGAUAGCAGCUUCGACGAGUGCGAUACGCCAGCUGGUGUGUUAUCUUCGAAAUUCGACAAAACCGAUCUUUCGAUUAAUACCAAUCCGCUGCCACAUGGCAAAUACACCCUGAUUGGUAUCGAUAUAGAUACCACUGGUCGUAGACUUAUCGAUGAGAUCGUACAGAUCUCGGCCUUUACCCCGGAUCAGCAGUAUGCGCAGUACAUUAUGCCCCUGAUGAACCUGAACCCAGCUGCCCGUCAACGGCAUCAGGUUCGAGUAAUCACGGUCGGGUUUUUCCGCAUGCUGAAGAGCAUGCAGACGUAUCGCGUCAUGAAGACCAAGAUGGAGAUCGCGGCGCUGAACGAAUUCAUUGACUGGCUCGAGGAGCGUCGUCGUGAAGAUGAGGGAUCCGAGGGUAUUGUGCUGGUGUACCACGAGCAACGAAAGUUCGUGCCUUACAUGGUCAUCGAGGCGUUAAAGAAGUAUAAGCUGUUGGAUCGCUUCGCUGAGUCGGUCAAGUCCUUUGUAAAUGGAUUCAAAUUGGCUGAAGAGAAGUGUACUAAAACAAUCAAGUAUCUGACGAUUCGUCAACUAGCAAAGCUAGUUUUGGAAGAAAAGGAUGGCUCCCGUGAAGGAUUCGAAGGAAACGCGGCAUACCGCGCGAGGAUGGCGUUCGAAAUUUCCAGACGCUUAGCAACCGCUGAACCAAAGGAGACUUCGGCUACUUCUUCACCAACGGAAAAGGAACCAAAUUCUACGGCUGAUUCUGGAGAAGGAAUCAAGUCAUCCUCCACCGCUGAAGAUGCUGUGAAGGUUGAAAGCGACAAAACAGCCGAGAACACUGUACCUUCUGCAGAAGACGAUGGUGAGCAGAAACAAGGAGAGGAGAAAGAAGGAGCUGCUCCUGCUAUGGCUACUUCGGCUGGGUCUGCAUCUCCUUCUUUGACCGAAGAGGAUCGCCAAAAGAUGUGCACCGUGCUGUGUGAAUAUGCUUCGCCUAUUUCUACCGAGAUAUCCGAGCUUGACGAGCAGGAGAAGAUUCUGGUGCGCCAGAAUUCAUUGAGACCGGUAUUUUUGCUCUAUUUUAAGACGACAAUCUACCACAGGGUUAAGGCUGUUACGUAUAGACGAGUAUUGGCUGAAUGUGGCCACGAUUACGAAUCGUUGCGUCAACUCUGGCAAGAAAAUAAACGCGAAGGCUUGGAAAACAUCAUCAAAGAGAUUGCAGAACUGAAGGAAGACGAGCGCACUGAGUUGGUCGAACUUCUUGAUUGUCACUACGAUCCGGACAAGCAAGCUUUUAAACCGGUUGUGAAGCGCAUGAAACGUCGUCCCUCUCGAGGACAACCUUUCUUUUCCAAUAAAAAUGGGAAUGUUCCGCAAAACCAGAACGGAAACACCCAAAUGGCAAAGGAAAAUCGGAAGCCAUUCCAUGGCUACCAAAACAACCAGAAAAACCAUAACAAUCAUCAUAAUGGGAACAAUAUGAUCAACAAGCAGCAGAACCCACAGCAGAAUCAGCAGCAGCAGUUCUACAACGGUCCAUCCUCACCUGAGACGAGAUUGCGCAACGGAGGAUCGCCUGGAAAACGUUUCUUUCCACGCAACUCUCGUCGUCGUCGUGGAGGAAAUGGCCAAAACCAGAAUCAGAAUCAAAACGGUGGACAACAGAACCAACAACAACCGAUGAAGAAUCACGAUGGUCACGGUAAUCACCACUCCUACUCGAACUCGAAUCGCCACAACCACCAUCAAUAUCAACAGCCGAUUCCAAACCAUGCCUAGAGAAGGAGGAAGCUCGCGAGAUGCGUCAUACUUCUAAGGUAUUUUAAGUUGUUGAUGUCUGAAUGUUGUCGCACAGCAGAGCUGUAGGUGCAGGUGGUUUUGCUUACCCGAUUUAAACGACAUCGAUUCAAGGAUAAUGGCAUGGAAUACGAAACAUUUUUAAAGCAUUCAAGUAGGUUUAAGGAUCAACAACGGUAGCAGUCCUCUCUUCCGGUAUAAGAUGUCUUCGUAUUUUAGAAUCAGGUACAAGCAUCACUCCAGCAGCAAACUGUCUAUAGCGCAGGAUGCAGAGCAAGGGUUUUUAGUUUUCGGUACGCUCAACCAGCGGAGAGUAAGCGCGCACUUUCAUCUGGUACCUACCGAAUUGAACUAUUGGCUGCUUUAGCUUCCAAAGAGUUAGGACAUUUGAUUGCGUAUUUGUGGUGGUGCAAAACCCCAUUUUAAUAUUGUGUAAAUUAUUAUCACUGCGUAGCAAUCCAUACCGAAAUGAGGCAGCUAGCGUCUUUUUAUGCUUAUGCGGGUUUUAGCAGCUUUGUAAUGAAAUCAACGAAUUAUGUAUUGAUUGUUAAUUGAUGGAAGGUGCUCAACGUUAGAAAUCCGUCCUCUGGUAGGUUACGGUUCUAUGCUGACGCCAAUAUAUAUGAUGAUUUAUCGCAUUGAA